AUGGUAACAACUGAGCGCCACAAUAGCUUUGAUCCUAAAUGCAUCACAUCAGGGAUUCCAUUGUUACCUUUUACCAAUCAAGUGGGCGGUCAUACACCUUUCUUUCGAUUCUCAAAGAGAGCCAUCUGCAAACCAGCUGCACCCAAGGAACAGGAGUUUUACGUCCAUCUUGAAUCCAAUCAUCCAGAGCUUCUGCCAUUUUUGUCGCAAUAUCUCGGCUUACUGAACGCCACAUAUUACCAAGACAGCCGGGCCCUGUUGCCAGAAGUCAUUUUCGAUGAUAAUGAACAGCUUUUGAAGGACUGGUACUCACUGGGCAACCAGCAGAUCGACAGAGGCACAGCUGCUACACCCGACAUUCUGAAUGAUGAUUUCCAGCAGUGGUCUCCUAACGCCGAUGAAUGCAACUCGAGAUUCACAGAGUUUCGCAAACGAGUGCUGUGCGAAGUAUUCAAUCCAAGUGCACUUAGAGAACGUAUGAAAUUGCAACAGGACGCUUUGGAGCAACAAGAACUGCAGCAACAGCAGGACGCAGAGGCGGCUCCAGCCAUAGAAAAGAUGACCAUUCAACUCAAGUCAGUGUUGGGUGACAACAAUGCUAAAUCCAGCGAGCCACUGUACAACGAGCCUAUGAGCUUGACUACGCCAAGUCUACCUUCCCUGCAUGAACAUCAGAACGGCGAAGCCAUCAUGUCCAGCUUGGAUAUAAGUCGCAAAGGUAGUACGACCAGUCAUGCUUUCAAUCACAAUGACGACGACAGCGACAAUGUAUCAUCUGCUCGCUGGCAAUUAAGAAGGACGCCCACAAAUCCCUGGGGCCAACAAGUGUAUGAAAGAGACAGACUGAAACUGCAGCAGCUCAAUGAGGGGAACGUGGUGAAGCAAUUCAUACUAUUGGAAGACCUUACAGACAACAUUCGGUGUCCCUGUGUGCUUGAUUUAAAGAUGGGCAACCGUCAUUACGGUGUCUUUUCGAAUGAGGUCAAGAUGAAGAGCCAGACAUCCAAGUGCAUAAACUCGACAAGCCGCCAAUUAGGCGUUCGAAUUUGUGGUAUGCAGGUGUAUAAACGAGAUGAAAAGAGAUUUGAUUUUCAUGAUAAAUACAUGGGAAGACUACUGGAUGAAGAGGGAUUCAAGAAGAAUUUGGUGGAUUACUUGGAUGGUCGAUUGAACCAUAUUCCUGUGUUGCUGAAAAAGCUGAAUCGAUUAGCCCGUAUUAUCAGGUCCUUGAAGGGAUACCGAUUUUAUGCCUCGUCGUUGCUGCUGAUAUAUGAUGGUGGCAAGCCAGAAAACUCCGAGGAUUGUAGAAUAGAUGUGCGAAUGAUUGAUUUUGCUAAAUGCGUGUCGCCUGAAGAUGAUACUGCAAGCUUUACAUAUCCACCAGAGAACCCUGAUGGACCUGAUGAAGGCUAUCUAUUGGGAAUAUCCUCAUUAAUAGAGAAAUUUACAGAGAUCCACAAUGAGCAGUAA